UCGAUGUUUCGAGGAAUUAGCCUUCGUUGAAAAUAAAUACAUUAACAAAUAUCAUUAUCCUCAUAUCAUUGACAGUGCACUGUUGGGUCAUAUAAACACAGUGCUCGUGAUUUCUAUGCUGCAAACAUGGGUAAGGAAGCAGAUAUUGAAGUUAAAAUAUCACAAGAUUGGAGUACAUGCUGGAUCACGAGCUGUGCUGAGAUCUCUCCUGGUCUCUUCCUUAUGGCUGACCGUGCUAACAGCAGCGUCAAACUGGUUGACCUAACAAUCCGCAUCGUCACUUCUAGCCUCCAGCUACAAGGUUGGCCCUGGGAUCUGUGUGUGCUCCCUGACGACCAGGCCGCCGUAACUCUCCCUGAUAAGUCCAUUGUUCAGCUGCUGUCUACGAAAGGAGGGCAGUUGUCGUUGGUAAAGGAACUUAAAGUGUCUGAUAGCUGUCAUGUUAUUGCGUUCUAUAAUAAUCAAUUAUACCUUUCCUAUUGCACCAACGAACCGCGCAUUGAGGUAAUGACAAUGGAUGGUGUUUCUGAAAAGGAAUUUCAAAACGACCGUGGAAACCAACUUUUCCAAUCUCCAUAUCACCUGACUAUGUCAGCUUUAUCACCGCCGAACUUAUACGUGCCUGAUUACAUUACCGACACCGUCUUUGAGCUGUCCCUGGACGGGAAGGUCGUGAGGGAGUACCAGGAUAAGCACCUCGUCAAACCGUUAUCCGUAGUCGCCGUGAGUCCAGAUCUGCUGUUAGUGUGUGGGCGGAACAGUCAUAAUGUGAUGAAGCUGUCGGAGACGGACGGCAGCAUUCAGGAAUUACUUGGCGAGAAGGACGGACUGUCCCAACCAUACUCCGUCGCUUUCUGUCCUCACAAACGUACCGUGAUCGUAGGGAUGUACCCUAACAACAUAUUUCACCAAACUCUUAAAGAAGUUUAGAAAAGAAUGUCUUGUUGUUUUACAAAUACAUACAUCUUUAUCUUAUCCAAGAAAUUACACGCGAUAAUUUGAAUAACUUAAGUAAUAUUUGAAUAUACACAUUUCAAUAUCACGAUGCUUUGUGACUAAUGGGCGUGGUUCGGGUUUUCGCGGGGAUGGUUGUUUUAGUGUUGAAGGUCUGCCAUCCCCUAUCCGCUGUAUUAUGGCUUGACUCAUACCUGUCACCAGUGCACUUUAAAAAAAACAAUUCAGAAGCCAAAUGGAGAUAAGAGAAGAAAAAAGGGUCAGCCGCGGUUUGCUCUCUACCCCAUCCUAUUCGAUAAUAAUCGGAUCCGAACGAUAGCAUGCAAUUGUUACACCAGUGUAAUUUUACCAAUUUUGGCGUAUGGAAUUUAAAAGAAGGCAGUAUAUGGAGUGAAUUAUACAAGUCUUUUCGUUUUUAUUACUUAAAAGUUAUAUAAAAUGAAUCUAACCAUUUUCCAAAAAAUGCUGAAAUAAGAUGUUUGUUUGCA